CAUCCAACCAUUUUCUGAGCCACUUAUCCUCACAAGGGUCACAGGAGUGCUCCAAUUAAUGCAUGUUUUUAGGAUGUGUGAGGAAACCGGAUUGCCAGGAGAAAACCCAUGCAGGCACGGGGAGAAGAUCCAAAUGUCACACAGGCAGGGCCGGGAUUUGAACUCUGGUCUUCAGAACUUGAGACGGGCGCAGGAAAACAUGUUCCAAGAGCAAUCUUUGUAGACCUGGAGCCCACUGUCAUUGAUGAGGUUCGCACAGGUACCUAUCGUCAGCUGUUCCAUCCAGAACAGUUGAUCACAGGGAAGGAGGAUGCUGCCAACAACUAUGCCCGCGGUCACUACACCAUUGGAAAGGAGAUCAUUGAUCUAGUUCUGGACAGGACACGCAAACUGCGUGAAUGCAUCUCCAUACAUGUAGGCCAAGCUGGAGCUCAGAUUGGCAAUGCAUGUUGGGAGUUGUACUGUCUGGAACAUGGCAUUCAACCAGAUGGUCAGAUGCCUUCUGAUAAAACAAUCAGUGGUGGUGAUGACUCCUUCAACACUUUUUUCAGUGAGACGGGCGCAGGAAAACAUGUUCCAAGAGCAAUCUUUGUAGACCUGGAGCCCACUGUCAUUGAUGAGGUUCGCACAGGUACCUAUCGUCAGCUGUUCCAUCCAGAACAGUUGAUCACAGGGAAGGAGGAUGCUGCCAACAACUAUGCCCGCGGUCACUACACCAUUGGAAAGGAGAUCAUUGAUCUAGUUCUGGACAGGACACGCAAACUGGCUGAUCAAUGCACUGGCUUGCAAGGAUUCCUAAUCUUCCACUCUUUUGGUGGAGGCACCGGCUCUGGUUUCACCUCCCUACUCAUGGAGAGACUGUCAGUUGAUUAUGGUAAAAAGUCUAAGCUUGAAUUUGCCAUCUACCCAGCCCCUCAGGUUUCCACAGCAGUGGUAGAGCCUUACAAUUCUAUUCUGACCACUCACACCACCCUUGAGCACUCAGACUGUGCCUUCAUGGUUGACAAUGAAGCAAUCUAUGACAUCUGUCGCAGGAAUCUUGACAUUGAAAGGCCAACCUACACGAACCUGAACAGGCUUAUUGGCCAGAUUGUGUCUUCGAUCACUGCCUCACUUCGCUUUGAUGGAGCCCUGAAUGUUGACCUGACUGAGUUCCAGACCAACUUGGUGCCCUAUCCUCGUAUCCACUUCCCUUUGGCCACAUAUGCCCCGGUCAUUUCUGCUGAGAAGGCGUACCAUGAGCAACUCUCUGUGGCCGACAUCACAAAUACCUGCUUUGAGCCAGCCAACCAGAUGGUCAAAUGCGAUCCUCGCCAUGGUAAAUACAUGGCCUGCUGUCUGCUGUACCGUGGAGAUGUGGUGCCUAAAGAUGUCAACUCUGCCAUUGCCGCCAUCAAGACCAAACGCAGCAUCCAGUUUGUGGACUGGUGUCCUACUGGCUUCAAAGUGGGCAUCAAUUACCAGCCUCCAACAGUGGUUCCUGGAGGAGAUCUGGCCAAGGUGCAGAGGGCUGUGUGCAUGCUGAGCAACACCACAGCGAUUGCUGAAGCCUGGGCUCGCCUGGAUCACAAGUUUGAUUUGAUGUAUGCCAAAAGGGCGUUUGUGCACUGGUAUGUUGGGGAGGGAAUGGAGGAAGGAGAGUUCUCAGAGGCCAGAGAGGAUAUGGCGGCCCUUGAGAAGGAUUAUGAAGAAGUGGGUGCAGACAACAUUGGGGAGGAGGAUGAAGGAGAGGAAUAUUGACCCAAUGACACACAUACAAACACAACUUAAGUGGUUCAAUUUAGUCUUUUCAUCAGUUUGACUAGAAGGUCAUUCCCUUCCUAUUACAGUGUAUUAAAAUACUGAAUAUUUUUUGUUUGUAACCUCCGCAGAGAUCCUUUCUUUGUGCAGUGUCAGUUUCUCUUUUGUGCACCUCCCCCACACUUAUCCCCGCACAUGUGGAAUGUAAGUUAUGAAAGGGCUCCAAUGUCAGUUUCUAUACACUGUACCAUUCAGCUGUGACUCUGUGAGUAUUACAGUGAGAGAAUAAG